AUGGAGGAUCAUGGGAUUGUAGAAACUUUAAACUUUCUAUCAUCAACAAAAAUCAAAGAGAGAAACAAUGCUUUAGAUGAGCUAACAACAAUUUUAAAAGAAGAUCCGGAAAGGAUACCAACCAAGGCCCUAUCUACAACGGCAGAAGCUUUGGUAGAGUUACUUGCAUCUGAACACACAAAAUACUGUGACCUUCUUCGAAACUUGACAGUGUCAACCACAAACAAGCUAUCACUUAGUGAGAACAGACUCUCCACGAUAUCGUACGUUUUAAGAUUAUUUGUAGAAAAAUCAUGUGAGAGAUUUAAAGUGAAAACGUUGAAGUUACUUUUAGCAGUAGUACCUGAAUUAAUGGUCAAAGAUGGUUCCAAAAGUUUAUUGGAUGCCGUUUCAGUACAUUUAUCGUUUGCUUUGGAUGCCCUAAUUAAAAGUGACCCUUUCAAACUGAAAUUCAUGAUACACCAAUGGAUAUCCUUAGUCGAUAAAAUUUGCGAGUACUUUCAAAGCCAAAUGAAAUUAUCUAUGGUAGACAAAACAUUGACCAAUUUCAUAUCGAUCCUCCUGAAUUUAUUGGCGUUAGACACAGUUGGUAUAUUUCAAGUGACAAGGACAAUUACUUGGACCGUAAUAGAUUUUUUGAGGCUCAGCAAAAAAGAAAAUGGAAAUACGAGAUUAAUAAUGUCAUUAAUAAAUCAAUUAAUUUUGAAGUGCCAUUGUUUUAGUGUUAUUGAUACGCUAAUGCUUAUAAAAGAAGCAUGGAGUUACAACCUGACAAUUGGCUGUACUUCCAAUGAGCUAGUACAAGACCAAUUAUCACUGUUUGAUGUUAUGUCAAGUGAACUAAUGAACCAUAAACUUCCUUAUAUGAUUGGUCAAGAGAAUUAUGUUGAAGAGCUUCGGUCCGAAUCUCUUGUAUCUCUAUACCGUGAGUACAUUCUACUGCGCUUAAGUAAUUAUAAGCCUCAAUUAUUUACCGUAAACCAUGUGGAAUUCUCAUAUAUUCGAGGUUCAAGGGAUAAAAAUUCAUGGUUUGCAUUACCUGAUUUUAGACUUAGAGAUAGGGGAGGCAGAUCGGUGUGGUUAAAAAUACUCGGAAUUACCAAAUCAUUGUUAACAUAUUUUGCAUUGAACAGAAAAAAUGAAAAUUACUCAUUAUUAUUUAAAAGAAGAAAAUGUGAUUCGGAUAUACCUUCUAUCCUACGGAUUUCUGACGAUAUGGACACAUUUCUUAUUCAUCUUUUAGAGGAGAACAGCUCACAUGAGUUUGAAGUGCUAGGAUUACAAUUGUGCUCAUUUUAUGGAACUUUACAAGACUUCACUAAAAGUUUUGCAGAACAGCUGAAAGAACUUCUGUUUUCAAAAUUCGAAAAAAUCCAAUGCUUUAAUUGGGUUUGUUUUUCUUUUAUUCCUUUAUUAUCCCAAAAAGAAUGCGAAUUAAGCAAUGGCGACAUGGCACGCCUAUUUAAAGUUUGCUUACCAUUAGUAAAAUCAAAUGAAUCUUGCCAGUUAAGUUGUCUUUUAUUAGCCAACUCCAUAAAGUUUUCAAAGCAGCUUUUAUCCGAUGAGAAAACUAUCAAUCAGAUAUAUGAUCUUUACGAAUUAUCCGAUAUUUUGGGUCCCAUAUUAGUUACUAAUGAAUCGUUCAUGCUAUGGGGAUACCUUCAGUACGUUGGUAAAGACUUCCAAUCUAUGAACGGUAUAUCGUCCGCUGAUAGAAUUUUUGAGUGGCUAAAAUCAAAGUGGAACCAGUUGCGCGGAACUGAUGCUAAACAGGAUCAGUUCUGCAAUUUUAUAUCCUGGUUAGGUAACAAAUAUGACCCAGAGAACCCUUUCAACGAUAAAAAAGGCGAAGGAGCUAAUCCUGUCUCACUAUGUUGGGAUGAAAGCCACAAGAUUUGGCAACAUUUUCAAGAGCAGAGGGAAUUUCUUUUAGGCGUAAAACCAGAAGAAAAGUCAGAAUGUUUUAACACUCCCUUUUUUAAUUUACCAAAAGUUUCCUUAGACCUCACACGUUAUAAUGAAAUUCUUUACAGAUUACUGGAAAAUAUUGAAAGUGAUGCAUUUUCAUCUCCACUACAAAAAUUUACUUGGGUAGCAAAAUUAAUACAAAUAGUUGAUAAUCUUUGUGGAGAUUCCACUUUUUCUGAGUUUAUUGCAGCAUAUAAGAGAACAACCUUAAUAACUAUUCCACAACUUAGUUUUGAUAGCCAAAACUCCUACCAAUCAUUUUUUGAGGAGGUUUUAUCGAUACGGACCAUAAAUGUAGACCAUUUAGUGCUUGACAAAAUUAAUAUGAAGGAAAUCGUUAAUGAUUUUAUCAGGAUGCAAAAAAACAAAUCUCAAACAGGAACUUCUGCCAUCAAUUACUUCGAAGCCUCUUCAGAAGACACUACCCAGAAUAAUAGUCCGUACACAAUUGGAGGUAGAUUUCAGAAGCCUCUGCACUCCACUAUAGAUAAAGCAGUGCGAGCUUACCUAUGGUCUUCAAGAAAUAAAUCCAUUUCAGAGCGUUUGGUAGCCAUAUUGGAAUUUUCUGAUUGCGUUAGCACAGAUGUAUUUAUAUCUUAUCUUGGCACUGUUUGCCAGUGGUUAAAACAAGCAAUCGGGGAGAAAUCUUCUUACAACAAAAUCCUGGAAGAAUUCACUGAAGUCUUGGGUGAAAAAUUGCUUUGCAACCACUAUAGUUCUUCCAAUCAAGCUAUGCUUUUACUUACAUCUUAUAUCGAAGCAAUAAGACCUCAAUGGUUAUCUUACCCCGAGCAGCCUUUGAAUUCGGACUGCAAUGAUAUCCUGGACUGGAUCAUAUCUAGAUUUGAGGACAAUUCUUUCACUGGUGUGGCCCCUACGGUCAACCUUUCUAUGCUGCUGCUUAGCCUACUUCAAAAUCAUGAUCUUUCCCACGGAUCAAUCAGAGGUGGGAAGCAGAGAGUCUUUGCAACUUUUAUUAAAUGCCUGCAAAAGCUAGACUCCUCCAAUAUUAUUAACAUAAUGAACAGUAUUUCGAGUUAUAUGGCCCAAGUGAGCUAUAAGAAUCAAAGUAUCAUAUUUUAUGAGAUUAAGAGCUUAUUUGGUCCGCCUCAGCAAAGUAUUGAAAAGUCCGCUUUCUACUCUCUUGCAAUGUCCAUGUUGUCUUUGGUGUCUUACCCAAGCUUAGUUUUUUCUUUGGAGGAUAUGAUGACAUACUCUGGCUUCAAUCAUACUCGUGCGUUUAUCCAACAAGCUCUGAACAAAAUUACGGUCGCUUUUCGCUACCAAAACCUUACAGAGCUCUUCGAAUAUUGUAAGUUUGAUUUGAUUAUGUACUGGUUUAACAGAACAAAAGUCCCUACUUCUAAAUUGGAGAAAGAAUGGGAUAUAUCUCUUUUUGGAUUUGCCGAUAUUCAUGAAUUUUUAGGAAGAUACUUUGUAGAAAUUUCUGCAAUCUACUUUUCUCAAGGUUUCAACCAAAAAUGGAUCUUAGACAUGUUACACGCGAUUACUGGAAACGGUGAUGCUUAUCUGGUGGAUAACAGCUAUUACUUGUGUAUUCCACUUGCCUUUAUCAGUGGCGGUGUGAAUGAACUAAUAUUUGAUAUAUUGCCCCAAAUAUCAGGUAAAACAACAGUAAAAUACCAUAAAAAAUACCGUCUACUGAUGUUAAAGUGGAUCAUAAGAUUUACUGAUUUGGGCUCACUUACUGAACUUAGAUCUACUGUUGAAAAAUUAUUCCCAACUUCAUACCUUUCGCCAUAUUUAUUUGAAAAUUCCAGUGUUUCAAUGAGGUAUCAAUACCCACUUCAUAUACCCUUGGCAUUAGGAGCAACCUUAGUUCAGACGCAGUUUGCUCAUGAAAAGAACAACACACACGAAUUCAAGCUUUUGUUUUUAUCGGUUAUUACAGACCUUGAAAAGACAUCGACUUACAUAGGAAAACUGCGAUGUGCAAGGGAGUUAAAAUAUCUUUUUGUGUUGUAUGAGAAUGUACUUGUAAAAUCAUCAACUUUAAACUUCAUCAUAAUUCGGCUUUCAAAAUUCUUAAUAGAUACACAAAUUCACGAUGAAGUAAUAACAAUUUUCAGCUCAUUGUUAAAUCUGGCUGACAAAAAUACGUUUGAAAUAGAGCCAUCUCUGCCCAAUUUAUUUUGCAAAAUAUUCAUUUAUUUGAGGGAAAACAAACAGCUCAGUCCAUCCUUCCAGCAGGCUAUAAAGCUUUUAGAGCAUCGGGAUCUCAUCAAAAUAAAAACUUGGAAAUACUGCCUUGAUGCAAUAUUCGGAAAUAUAGUCCAAGAUGAUAUUUAUGAAAAUACGGAACUUUUGGAUGCUAGUGAUUGUGGCGUAGACGAUGUUGUAUUGGUUUCUUUACUCUUUUCUUAUGCCAGGAGACCGGUAGCUUCAAAAAUCGGUUGUUCGCUUUCUAAAGCUGCUGCAAUUAACAUUUUGAAACACCAUGUUCCAAAGGAAUAUUUGAGUAAAAACUUCAAACUAUGGUUCGCUGCUCUUUCAAGAAGAAUUUUACAGCAAGAAGUUCAAAGAGAGAGAUCUACAAACUUUAAUAAUGAAGUUCAUUUGAAAAACUUUGAAAUGGUAUUUCGCCAUCCCGAACAACCACAUAUGAUAUACCAACGUAUUUCGACCUUCAAUAAAGAAGCUGAGUUAUAUGAUUCUACUGAAGUGUUUUUUAUUUCUGAGUGCAUUCUAACGUACCUAGUGGGCUACUCAAUAGGAAAUAGCGAAAGUGAAUUUUGUUUUAGGGAUAACAUAAUGAACGAGAACAAAGAUAAAGUUGCUCCAUUGGACAAGGAUGUACUGAAUGCUAUAUACCCGUUGGCAAACAAUUUUGGGAUGGAAUCAUUCAUAUGCGAUACUUAUUUGUCAGUGAACGAACCCUACAACUGCUGGCUAAGCAAAUUCGCCCGUAGUUUGAUUCACCAAAUAUCAUUUAAUAUACCUCCUAUUGUUUGCUUGUAUCCUUUAUGCAAAGGAUCAACAGCUUUUUGUGAAUUAGUACUUACUGACCUCUUUUUUCUUUCAACGACUUACGAUCCGAAAAGCUGUUUGAAUUGGAGCAAUCGAAUAUUCACUCAAAUAGCAAUGUUGCUGCAUGUUAAAGAUUCUGAGAUAAAGCUAAAGAUGCUUUUCAAUGUAAUUAAAAUGAUUAGGAUGGGUUCUAGAUGCAAGGAACGAAACUGUCUGCGCAUAUAUUCUAGCUUAGAUUUACAAGAAAUAUGUCAAAUUUCUCUUAAAAUAAAAGAGUUCAAGUUUGGCUAUUUGUUAUUUGAGGAAAUGAACAUGCCAAACAUAAGAGAAAUGAAUAUAAAUACACUUCAGAAGAUUUACGAAUGCAUAAAUGACGGCGAUUUUCUAGCAGGCUUACCUGUUCCACACUCAAUAGAGGGUGUUUUGAACUCUAUCAAUAGAAUUGACUCAGAUACGUGGAAACGUUUUCUUUUCAACAACGCCGAUUUUGAUGCCAAUUACACUACUUCACUAGAAGAGGAAAAGGAAUCAUUAAUCAAGGCCACAGAAGAUAGCGGUUUCUACGGGUUGACAAGCUUAUUGGAAAGUAGACUUUCUGGAUCCAGUGAUGUCUACAAAUGGAAUUUAGAAUUGGGAGACUGGAAGCUAUUGACUCCAAAAGUUGUUGAUUCCAAAGCCAAAGGUUUAUACUAUGCCAUAAAAAAUUUACCACAGGACGUUGGUUUUGCUGAAAAAAGUUUAGAAAAAUCCUUAUUAACUAUUUUUGAUUCUCGACAACAUUUUAUUAGCCAAACUGAAUGGAUGGAUACUCUGAACGCGAUUAUUGAAUUUAUAAAAAUAGCAGCAAUCCCUCAGGACGUUACUUCCUUCCCCCAAACAUUGAUGUCUAUUAUGAAGGCCGAUAAGGAGAGACUUAAUACAAUAGACUUCUAUGAUCACAAAACAACGUUAAAGAGUAGACAUACUUUAAUGAAUGUGCUCUCGAGGAAUUCAUUAGAUGAAAACGUAAAAUGCUCGAAAUAUUUACGCCUUGGAUCCAUUAUUCAGCUUGCUAAUUACGUUCAGCUGGCAAUUGCCAAUGGUGCGCCUCAAGAUGCGUUACGAAAUGCCACUCUAAUGAGCAAAACAGUGAAGAAUAUUGCAAAAUUAUACGAUGAUCCCUCUGUAGUAUCUCAAAUUGAGAAAUUGGCAAGUUUCACAUCUGCUAAUGCCCUCUGGGAGUCUCGAGAGUACAAGGCACCUGUAAUGAUAAUGAGAGAUCUUUUAGCUCAAAAUGAGAAGAAUAUUAGCGAAAGUAUCCUUUAUGACGAUUUUAAGCUACUCAUUAAUGUGCCUAUGGACCAAAUUAAAGCUCGACUAGUUAAAUGGAGCUCAGAAUCAAGGCUUGAACCAGCUGCUGCAAUAUAUGAAAAAAUCAUUGUCAAUUGGGAUAUAAAUGUCGAAGAUCAUGAAUCAUGUUCUGAUGUUUUCUACACACUCGGAAGUUUUCUGGAUGAACAGGCACAAAAGUUACGAUCAAAUGGAGAAAUCGAAGAUAGAGAACAUAGGUCAUAUACUGGAAAAUCUACCUUGAAAGCUUUGGAGCUGAUAUAUAAAAACACAAAAUUACCAGAAAAUGAAAGAAAAGAUGCGAAAAGGCAUUAUAAUCGUGUCUUGCUACAAUAUAAUAGAGAUUCUGAAGUACUAAAGGCACUGCUUCUUCAAAAAGAAAAAUUUUUAUGGCAUGCACUCCAUUUCUAUCUCAAUACCUUAGUUUUCAGCAACAGAUAUGAUAAUGACAUUAUUGAUAAGUUUUGUGGUUUAUGGUUCGAGAAUGAUGACAAUAGCAAGAUCAAUCAAUUACUAUAUAAAGAAAUUGGAACAAUACCGAGCUGGAAGUUUUUGCCCUGGGUCAAUCAGAUUGCGUCAAAAAUAUCUAUGGAGGAGAAUGAAUUUCAAAAGCCAUUGCAACUAACCAUGAAACGACUUCUUUACAAACUACCGUAUGACUCCCUUUAUUCAGUGAUGAGCAUACUACUAUAUGAAAAGCAAUCCAAUAAGGACACCAACAUAUCCCAAAAAAUUCAAGCUGUCAAAAAGAUUCUUUUAGAAUUGCAAGGAUAUGACAGGGGUGCCUUUGCGAAAAAGUAUUUACUUCCUGUGCAAGAGUUUUGCGAGAUGUCUGUAGAGUUAGCUAAUCUUAAGUUUGUGCAAAAUACGAAGACGUUACGCUUAGCUAAUUUGAAGAUUGGCCAAUAUUGGCUGAAACAGCUAAACAUGGAGAAGCUUCCCCUACCGACCAGUAAUUUUACAGUCAAAAGUUCUGCUGAUGGAAGAAAAGCCCGCCCUUAUAUUGUAUCCGUCAAUGAAACAGUAGGCAUUACUACCACAGGAUUGUCCCUGCCGAAAAUAGUCACCUUCAACAUCUCAGAUGGUACAACGCAGAAAGCUUUGAUGAAAGGAAGUAAUGACGAUUUGAGACAAGAUGCAAUUAUGGAACAAGUGUUUCAACAAGUUAAUAAAGUUCUACAAAAUGAUAAAGUAUUAAGAAAUCUAGAUCUGGGUAUUAGAACAUACAAAGUGGUUCCAUUAGGACCAAAGGCAGGAAUCAUUGAAUUUGUCGCAAAUUCUACAUCAUUACAUCAAAUUUUGAGUAAGCUACAUACCAACGAUAAGAUAACCUUCGAUCAGGCAAGAAAAGGCAUGAAAGCAGUUCAAACAAAAUCAAAUGAAGAGAGGCUGAAAGCUUAUUUAAAAAUCACUAAUGAAAUAAAACCGCAGUUAAGAAACUUUUUUUUUGAUUCCUUUCCCGAUCCGUUGGAUUGGUUUGAAGCUAAGAAAACGUACACAAAAGGUGUCGCAGCUAGCUCUAUCGUUGGAUACAUAUUAGGCCUCGGUGAUAGGCACUUAAACAAUAUCCUGCUUGACUGCUCAACAGGGGAGCCUAUUCAUAUAGACCUGGGAAUUGCGUUUGAUCAGGGAAAAUUACUCCCCAUUCCAGAGUUGGUCCCUUUCAGAUUAACUAGAGAUAUCGUUGAUGGAUUUGGAGUCACAGGCGUGGAUGGCCUAUUCAGGCGGAGUUGUGAAAGAGUUUACGCAGUAUUAAGAAAAGAUUAUGUCAAGGUGAUGUGUGUUUUGAAUAUCUUAAAAUGGGAUCCCCUUUAUUCCUGGGUAAUGUCACCAGUUAAAAAAUACGAACACUUAUUUGAAGAAGAACAUGAAAUUACAAAUUUCGAUAACGUCAGCAAGUUCAUAAGUAACAACGACAGGAACGAAAACCAAGAGUCUUAUAGGGCCCUUAAAGGUGUAGAAGAGAAGCUUAUGGGUAAUGGACUAAGUGUAGAGUCUAGCGUACAAGAUUUGAUUCAGCAAGCCACGGAUCCAUCAAAUUUGAGUGUUAUAUAUAUGGGAUGGUCACCUUUUUAUUAA